UUUACAGGUAAAUGGAUGGUAGUUUUCAGGGGAAAGUCCCCGCAUUCACCAGGGGAGACAAACCUGUCAACAACUCGUGUGAACAUGUCAACAACUCGUGUGAACCUGUCAACAACUCGUGUGAACCUGUCAACAACUCGUGUGAACAUGUCAACAACUCGUGUGAACCUGUCAACAACUCGUGUGAACCUGUCAACAACUCGUGUGAACAUGUCAACAAUUCGUGUGAACCUGUCAACAACUCGUGUGAACAUGUCAACAACUCAUGUGAACAUGUCAACAACUCGUGUGAACCUGUCAACAACUCGUGUGAACCUGUCAACAACUCGUGUGAACCUGUCAACAACUCGUGUGAACCUGUCAACAACUCGUGUGAACCUGUCAACAACUCGUGUGAACCUGUCAACAACUCGUGUGAACAUGUCAACAACUCGUGUGAACCUGUCAACAACUCGUGUGAACCUGUCAACAACUCGUGUGAACAUGUCAACAACUCGUGUGAACAUGUCAACAACUCGUGUGAACAUGUCAACAACUCGUGUGAACAUGUCAACAACUCGUGUGAACAUGUCAACAACUCGUGUGAACAUGUCAACAACUCGUGUGAACAUGUCAACAACUGUGUGAAUAUGUCAACAACAUUUGUGAACAUGUCAACAACUCGUGUGAACAUGUCAACAACUCGUGUGAACAUGUCAACAACUGUGUGAAUAUGUCAACAACUCGUGUGAACAUGUCAACAACUCGUGUGAACAUGUUAACAACUCGAUGC